ACAAAAGUAUUAUUUUGUUUUUAAGUUUUGGCAAAAUAUAUUGUUUUUAAUUUUAACGAUUAAGCAGGUACCUACAUUGUUUCAACAUGUCUAAUGUUUGUAAGCAUACAAUGGACGACGGUCUGGUUGCAUUUCCCUCGUUUAAUUCUUUAAUCAACAACCUCCUAUUGUCGUUACUUUGAACGUAAGUGCUAAUAAUUUAUCAUUGACAUGAUCCGUUUGUUGCAAAAAAUUUUAGUAUUUGACGUUAAAUUCAAAAUUAAUUACGGUUUUUUCCCAUGAGACCCACUAUAAUAUAGUUUAUUGUUUUCACCUCUAAACCUAUCGUGUUAUUGUGACAUGAUCGGCCGCAGCGUAAUGAAGUAUUGCGUUCAUCUCGUAAUAAUCAUUUAGAACUCAUUUUUUUGUGUUUCAAUGCGUAAAAUAAAGAAAUGCCAAAGGACAAACCAUUAUCAAUUGUUCAAAGCCAAAAAUCCCCAAGUAGAAAUUGCUCUUUGACCAAAAAAACUGGUGUACGGUGUUCUGUUAAACAGUGCAAAAACAAACAGGCUUCUACGUUGAACUUGAGUUACUUCACAUUUCCGAAAGAUCCGGAAAGGUGCGCUGUUUGGAUUAAAAAUUGUAACCACACACAUUUGAGUGACGUCAAGGAUCCUAGAACUAUUCCAAGAAGUUACCGUGUAUGCGGGGAACAUUUUGAAAAUAAAAUGUUUUUAAAUAAUAAUGUGAGAAACAAGCUUACGCAUUUCGCCGUUCCAACUUUAUUCAAACAACAAUUAUAUUGGGACGGCAAAAAUCACUUUUCAAAAAAGACCAACGUCAGCAUGUUGCAGCCGCUUUCAAGUUCACUUCAGUUUCCUGAUUCCUCAUCUUCUUAUCCGUCGUCUGUGUCGAUAGCAUCGUCGAAACGUGAUUUUUCUUGUCAGACUUCAAUGCAGUUAUCGCAAAGGACGCUGAGAGAAAUGAAGUUGACCGAAGAGAUCUGUACGCUAAAAGAGAGAAUUAGGCAGUUGGAAAAAACGGUUGGAAUACUAAGUAAAACAAUAGAGAAAAACUAUUGCAAAGAAGUUAAAAAAAUACAGUGAAAAAAAAAAAAGUUUUUCAUCUUCUGUUAGGUUUAAUAACCAAAUAAGGAUAGGAACAAUUCGGCGUGAACUCUAUUCAAUUCCUAAUGACUAGUUGAUUAAUUGGACUAUUUUCUAGUCCAAAAAUGUAGGCUUAGCAAGUAUAAUCACAUCUCACUCAAAUCCCAAAACAAAAAAAAAAUUAAAUGACAUUUAUUAAGAAGACUGGUUUUGUCUCUACUUCUUUGUCUGUAACUGAUGUUAAACCAUUUGUUGGCUUGACUUUUUUUUUUAAAUCAGAUGCCUUUCUUGUUAUUAGUUGUCUCUCUUUCUUAUUUGUGAUUCCUUUUACUUGUUCAAUUUUGAAUGUAUCGGAAUAUUAGUUCAUAAUUUUAUUUCAAACACUGUUUGCUCUAAUUUAUUCCAAGUCCAUACUUCAUUUUUCACAACCUUCUUUGGAACAUAAACUAUAUGAUUGAAGCACUCGAUGUUUCUCCACUAAGCUCUUUGAUCAAGUACAAAUUUCCAAGUCCGCUUAGGUGUUCUACGUAGGAAUAUUCGUGAACUUGUUAAAGCGUAUUGGAAUAAAACGAUGAUGUUACGCUAUUUGUUGUACUUUGUCAUCAAAUCACAUUUCACGCACAUAAUUGACCUAGCAAAACAAUGUUGGUCUAACAGUGAUAUUUCAUAAUAUGAUUACUUCUUAACAUAAUAUAUUAUACAUAUCAGUUUAUUUUUAACGCACAACUUGUACUAAUGUCAAAGUUGUAAUCUCAAAAAUUGCAUUUUAACAACAAACAAACGAAAUUAUGAUCUUAAAAAUAUGUCAUAUUAUCAUCUUAAAUGUAUCUCUAUGUAUUAUCUAAGUUAAUGAAGAGAUUCUUAGGUAGAUUACCUCAAAUAGUGCAAAAGACUUGUUUGCAUUUUAGUAUUGCACGAGUUUCAUUUUGCCGAUGUGCUACUAAUGUAAAUAUUAACUAUAAUAGGACUGUAAUAGUAUUUAAGACUGUUUUUGAAUAAAUUUUAACAUACUUA